AUGGCCGGUGUUUUUACGACGGUUUGUGAUUUGAUGAUCGCGGGAAUCGGGGUUAAGGAUUUUUUGUUUUUGACGGUGGAAUAUCUUCUCUAUGAGGGAGUGUCAGACUAUUACAGACUAGAAACUAUUCCGUUUCUUCUUCUGCUCCUGGCAGAGGCCGUGGUUCCUUAUUAUGCUUGCCGGUCAACUCCAGCUGAACAUCAGGCUAGUUGGAACACGUCUGAGGUGACCCAUUUGGUCUUUGAGUCGCGCACGGAACGCUAUGCGACCACUAUAACAUUUGUGAAUGACAUUUCUGUGGAAGGAGCGCCUCACUCGGUCGCGGUUGACGCUCUUCAAAAAGCUGGAAGCGUCGUUAGAUUAAGAGUGCGACGAGCUCGAAGACCAAGGGUGGUGACCUUAUGGCGAGGAGUUAGAGGUCUUGGGCUUGGUAUAGCUGGUGGAGCUGAUGAUGCAGCAGGCGGAGGAGGCAUCUUUGUCUCUCAUAUUGCUGUAGGUGGAGCUGCGCAUCAUGAUGGCAGAUUAAGACUGGGCGAUAAAAUUUUGGCUGUUAGAGACAAAGAUGGUAUUGAAACCUCUCUAAUUGGUGCGACACACGCUCACGCUGUAUCUGCCUUAAGAAGUACAGGAGAUCAAGUCACGCUCAUAGUAUUAUCAGCCGGUUCUGUACCUCCUGUAGCCAAAACAGCUCCAUUAUACUCAACAAAAACGCAGGCCACGUCGUGUUCAACGCUUCACGAGUUACUAGAAGAGGAACCAAGUGAAAUACCGAGAUGUGUCCGCAUGGUCAGGCUUGUACGGUCUGGCUCACGUCUGGGCAUGGAUAUCGUCGGAGGGCUGGGAGGAGAGGUGGAAGGGAGCACGGAUGAGGACGCCUGUGGAGUGUUCGUGUCGGGUGUUUCCGUAGGUGGGGCCGCCUACGGCAUGUUACAUAGAGGUGACAGGAUACUGAGCGUCGACGGCAGAGACCUCACAAGAGCUACGCAUGAACAAGCCGCUGCUGCACUGAAGCAGUACUCCGGAGCCACAGUGACAAUAGCCGCGCAGUAUCAACCAGAGCAGUAUGAGAGGUUACGAGCACGCAUCCGAGCGAUCAACGCGGCGGCCGCAAUGUCCCCUCGCACGAGACACGUUCCUGUGCAUCCUGACCUACAUGCCAUGUACCCAAGGUUUCGAACCCGCACCCUCAUGCGUAAGAAGCUUAACUUCCUUAAUGAAGGCGCCUUAACCUCCGGGCCUCCACGACCUGAAGGUUUUUAUUUAGUUUGA